UAUUGCUCGGUGGCCAACUAUAGUCCGGCCCUCCAACGGUCCGAAGGAUCGUGAACUGGCCCCCUGUUUUAAAAGUUUGGGGACCCCUGUUUUAAACCCCUCCCCUCCCCCAGGCUACAGGCCUGAUUAUACCUAUAAGCAUGACAAAAUAUAAUACUUGUAUCAAUGCCAUAUCAUAGGAAUUAAUCUCUUCCUGGUUGUGUCCAGAUGAUGCUCAUUGGCUUUAUGUCUCCAAUUCAGCCCUAGUGGAAUGGAAUAGUACUUAUUGCAGAACAGGGAGUUACUCUGAAGUAAGCAGACCACCUCCACAAUGUUCUUACUUGUUGACUAGUUGUUCUAUCUACAUUUCCCUAUGUAAGACUUUAAAAGGUAGCUUUAUUCAACAUUGGGCAUUCACAUCAAAAAUGAUGUAUAAUCAUAUUCUCCUCCUCGUCCUCCUUCCUAUGGGAUUUCAGGUCUCCUGGUUUGGACCACUGUAUGCCUAUUGCUAUGAUUUUGAGGGGUCCAUAUGCAGACUUCCACCAUACGUUGGAUAUUGUAAAGCAAGCAUUCCUCUUUUCUACUUUAACAUCAAUAGUAAGCGAUGUGAGAUAUUCUAUUAUGGUGGCUGCGGAGGCAAUGCAAAUAACUUUUUAACAAAGAAUGAAUGCAUUUCAAAGUGUAGAGUUCAUGCUUCUUACCCUCCAAAGUGCAAACUGAGAAGAAAAGUUGGACGUUGCAAAGGAAAGCUUGAACGGUAUUACUUUGACAUGGGAAGGAAGCGAUGUCAGCCUUUCACUUAUUCUGGCUGUGGAGGCAAUGAAAAUAGGUUCGUAACAAGGGUGGACUGUCUUCUCAGCUGUGAAAACAUGGACCAAUUGCCAAGAAUAUGUGCAUUGCCUAAAAGCGUGGGAUGGUGCUCUAAAUCUCUUAACCAUUUUUACUACGACACUGAAAGAAGAAUGUGUUUGCCAUUUAUUUUUGGAGGCUGCCUAGGCAAUAGCAAUAACUUUGAGUCAAUAAAAGAAUGCAGGAGGAAAUGUCAACAAUAUGGAACUUUGCCUGAAGUGUGCACAUUGCAAAGAGACCCAGGCUCGUGCACUGCGUCCAUUCCUCGUUUUUACUUCGACUUUGACAGCAAGAGGUGCCAGGAAUUCAGAUAUGGUGGUUGUGAGGGCAACAAUAACAACUUCGAAAGUCUGAGAGAUUGCAAUCAUACCUGCACAGAUUUUAAAAAGUUCUGAUCCACUUCCACUUCCAGUACAUAAAGAACCCUUUGAGAACUUCAGUAGUUUGAGCUAAAGUGUCCGUCAUGGUUCUCGCGUCGAUUCAGAAAUAUGUUUUCCAAUAAACAUAUCUGUUCUGCAGCAUUUGUGGAUUCUACUUCCUGAAUAUAACUGUCCCUUAACUGUUUAAUUUCUAAAGUUGAUAAAUAGCAGAUCAUGUAUAGGCUGCAGUGUUGCAAAGAAUCCUUCAUCUAACCACAUCUGGACGGAAUAGAUUUAUAACAAAUGUUAGUGAUUUCACUAUUUUCAAGAGAAGCAGAAAAAACCCUCCAAACAUAGGAAAUCAACCAUAGCCUUUAUUCUUACUUUCUGCAGAAAAGAGUCAAAGCUGGGAGAUAAUUCUCUAAAGUCAAGUUUGGCUAAUGCAUGUAAACCUGAGAAGAAAUGUAUAAUCUUCUGUCCACACAAUAUAUAACCCUAUCCACACAAGUAUUGCAGGUUCAGCAGAAUUUUUCCAGUGUUUUCAGAAUAAUGCCUGCAAAUCAUCCACCUGUCAUCUAGCUUAUCUUCAUAAAGCCUAUAAAGUCUUGUCUGAUUCCCGCAACUUCGACAUCAACGUACCUUUUUUUUCGUGUCAGGAGCAACCGGAGUUGCUUCUGGAGUGAGAAAAUUGGCCAUCUGCAAGGACGUUGCCCAGGGGACGCCUGGGUG